AUGUCCGCUUCGCCCGACGUGAAUCAUUUCCUCUCGAUCCCAUGGUGUGCAUCGCUCAUCGGGGACAUAGACAAGCUAGACUACAUCUACCCACAGGAUGAAAGCCCCGAUAUAGAUUUAUUCCACCGGCGCCUUCUGAGGGUGGAUAAUGGCAUGAGCGCCUUCAUGAUUUUCGCCAAACGCGCCCCCCAGCCCACAGACGGAUCCGAUCUUGGGAUAUUCGCUAUCCGGGAAAUGAGCCUCCUGGUGGACGUCGGCGUCAACGUGAGCGGGUGGGAGGGCGUCUGCCACGGCGGAUUCACCUCGUUUCUGUUCGACAUGGCAGGGGGCUGGCUCGGCCAAGCGAAUGUGACGCAAGCCAUCGCAGGCGGGAAGAUACUGCCGACCAGCGGGUCAAUGACGAAGAAGCUGGAGGUGGAGUACUUGGCACCGGUGCUCGUGCCCAGGGUCCUAAUGUUGAAGUCAAAGCUUAAUAAGAUCGAAGGGCGCAAUAUCGACAUCGCAAUAACUCUUGAGGAUGAGCGGGGGAAGAUCCUCAGCCGUGGGAGGAUGGCCUCGAUUAUUACUCAGCCCAAGAAGGCCAGGAUUUGA